AUGCGGCCGAAGUCGGCUAUCAAAAUAAUUGAGAAAACUGGCAGAAACGAAAAUUCUGUCGCAGGAAUGGAAUCCAUGGCUAAGGAACGAGUUUCUACCGAUGACGACAGCACCGAUGAGGAGGUCGAAAAUGUCUCUGCCGUAAAAUCAAAGAAGCGGCCUACUAUCCAGUCUACUCCACUACUGAGUGCAAAAAAGCAGAAACUGAGUGUGGAGCCCGUGCCAUGUGAAGCAAAGGACCAGACAUUGAACAUUACGGAGCAACGUGAAGAGGCAAUUCGAAAGCUUCAGGAGAAACUGAAGAGUAUGAAAGGUGUGCGGUGGUCUAAUGCGGACUUUUUUCAAGAUUUUAUCACAUUUUUUCCUAUUUGCGGUGAACUUCAGCUGUAA